ACAGAGUUCUAGAAGCAGGAGCCCCACUUCCUUAUUUAAGCCAACGAGCCUGCACUCGCAAACACAACUUGUGCUUCACUACAAGGAGAAAAUCGCGCUUAACUCUAUCCACAUUCACACUUAGUUUACCUUGGCUGCUAGCAUUGCUUUGCACUUCAUCCAGCAACUUUCAGUGCACGAUGGCCGCUUCCGCUGCUGCUGCGCUGCGUGAGCUGCGCCCUAUUGCGAAGGUCGUGCAGGGCCAGAAGAUGAAGGAGGGCGCUGGGGUGAUGAUUACGCGCACGGUCGGCACCGGGGCGCUGCGCAACCUCGACCCCUACCUCAUGCUUGAUGAGCUCAAGCUGCCCGCCAAGGCCGCGUUCGCCGGCUUCCCCGACCACCCACACCGCGGGUUUGAGACCUGCAGCAUCGUGCUGGAGGGCCAAAUCGAGCACAGGGACUCGCAGGGCAACCAGGGCGUCAUCGGCCCCGGCGGCGUGCAGUGGAUGACGGCGGGUCGCGGCAUCGUGCACAGCGAGAUGCCCAAGAGCACCGACGGCAUGCUGCAUGGCUUCCAGCUGUGGAUUAACCUGCCCAAGAAGGACAAGAUGUGCAAGCCCAGGUACCAGGACUACCAAAAGGCCGACAUCCCCAUCGUGCCGCUGGACGGCUCCGGCGGCAGCAGCGUGCGCGUCAUGGCCGGUACCAGCACACACGGCGGCGUGGCGGGCCCCAUCAAGAUGCGCAACCCCGGGCUGCUGAUGGAUGUGCGCCUGGCGGCCGGCGACAACUUCACGCAGGAGGUGCCCGAGGGCUGGAACGGCUUCUGCUAUGUGUAUGAUGGCGAGGGCAAGAUCAGCGGCAACCGGGCGCAGCCUGAGCAGACGCUGGUGCUGGGCCCGGGUGACCAUCUGGUGGCGGCGGGCGGCGGCGGCGCGGCCGGCCUCAAGUUCCUGCUGGUCGCCGGCAAGCCUAUCGGCGAGCCCAUCGUGCAGCACGGCCCCUUCGUGAUGAACACGGAGGAGGAGAUCUACCAGGCUUUCCGCGACUACCAGACGGGGCAGCUGCAGCGGCCGCAGGACAACCCGUGGGAGGACGAGCUGUAGCUGGAGCGGCGGCUGUAGCAACUGGCGGCGGCAGCAGUAGCAGCAGCAGGGCGGAGCGGCGGGCGUUGCGGAAGCAGAAGAAGGAGCGGGCGGCGGCGACUGUGGUGGCGGCGGCGGGCUCUGGUUCGGAGGAGGGUGCAGCAGCAGGCGGUGUUGCAGCGGACCUAGCCAGGCUUAAGCUCAGCAUCAGUGGCGGGCGGCAGGGCAAGGACGGUGAGGACCAAGGUGGCGAGGAUGGCGACGGCAGCGAUGAGGAUUGGGGCCUGGGGCGCACCAAGCAGAAGGUCAAGGGCGGGCGCCGCGACCGCCGCCGCGAGCAGCCCUCCACAGCGCACUCGGGCGCGGUGGCGCUGCAACAGCAGCGGCAGCGUUCAGCUGGGGCAGCGCCGGCGGAGAGUGGGGAUGAGGACAGGUAGGAGAGGAGCGGUGAGCAUGUUGCGGUUGCGGGUUGCGAAGUGGUUGGGCUGGCCCGCAUAAUGGCAUCUGUCGGCGCAGCAUCCGGAAGCUUACCCCGGAUGUGACAAAGUGGCAGAUAUUGAAGCGCGUGAACCUCAAUCGGAUGUACAUACGUGCGUAAGGCGACUCCACGUGACCGCUGCGGAGGUUUUGCUGCGGUGUGUGCACGUUGUUUCGACGCCUGGACUGGAAAGACAACAUUAACGUGUACCGAGGGGCUCUUUGCAUGCAUAAUGUAGAUGCUCGGCCAAAUGGAUUGUUGACGGCAAUUCAUGGCAGAUGGAACGUUUGAAUUCAGGAAUUCCGAAGCAGUCAGUGCAUUUUGAAAUGGUGUUCCGUCUAUGUCACAGUGACAUGUGUGCAAGUGUAACGCAAUGACAAC